GUGUUGGAGACGGUGCUCGGCUACGGUACAGCGUUAAUCAAGUGGUGGUUUUAAAGUAACCAUAUUAAAUAUCACGGAUGGACAACUGUGGGCUCGGUCGAGGUCUGAUCUGAUUAAAAUAAACCGUACAGAUCGCGCGAACGUUCGCACGUUCGAGCACGAUCGUCGACGAUAACGUUUCGGGGCGGAUAAGCGGUGACGCUUCGUCGUCCAAUCUCUUACGUGUUAUUCCGAACAUCCGUUUCGCGAAAAAUCAUGAAAAUCAUUUGAGGGCACUUGCGCAAUUGCGACUGUGGUGUACGUGAUUGUACGGCCGAUCCUAUUUCGAAAGAGUGUCGUGUCUGCGAAAGGGUAACAGCGCGCAAAGGGGGCCCCCGCAUUCGAAAGACCCGAAUAAUUGUAGGUGACUUGGUUUAUAAAGAAAAUCCGUCGAAAUGAGCACUACAAAAGAAGAGGCAGGUCCGUCAAAAUCAUGGGACUCUUCCACGGGGGAAACAGAAAAGGAUAAUCGAACCUUCGAAUGCAAUAUUUGUCUCGACACUGCCAAAGAUGCAGUUAUUAGUAUGUGCGGACAUUUGUUUUGUUGGCCAUGCUUGCACCAAUGGUUAGAAACCCGUCCGAUAAAGCAAGUGUGUCCUGUCUGUAAAGCUGCUAUCAGCAAAGACAAAGUCAUUCCAUUGUAUGGGCGUGGAGAUACAAGGCAUGAAGAUCCUAGGAAUAAUGUUCCACCUCGUCCUGCCGGGCAGAGAACAGAAUCCGAAAAUAACGUCGGAUUUUCCAGUUUCGGAUUCGGUGAUAAUUCUUUCAUGUCGUUUGGUAUUGGAACAUUUCCAUUUGCAUUUUUGACAUCGACUUUCAAUUUUGGAGAAACACGACCAAGCGCAGCUGCUACAGGAACACCCCACUAUGAAGAGGAGCAAUUUCUUUCGAAAGUGUUUCUAUGGGUGGCAUUGUUAUUCAUCUGUUGGCUUCUAAUGGCAUAACAUUUUUGUUGAACCGUAUUUCUUGCUCCAUAUUUUGUAAUGUUAUCCACUUGUUGGAUCGAUUCAUUACACAUUUAUUAAUACAUCAAUCUUUCCCCGUUUGUGUAAUUAUUGUUACUCACUGUAGUAACUAUACCUGCUUGAAUAAACAAACGGGUUUUAAUUGUUUUAGCUUAUAACAUUUUUACAUGUACAUACACUUUAUUUUUAAUCUUUUGUGAUUACGAGCAAUAAAUUUUCUAUAUAAACAUUACACGAAUCGAUGUUGUUAUUGGCAGUGUAAGAGUGGUAUAAGUUGUCAUCUCUUGUAUUUAUGCUUUCCACCGAGUACGCAUAUUCAAGCAGGUUUCUUUUUGUAAUGGCUUUAGAAAAUCUGGAACUUACGAUAUUCAUGUAUAUAUAUAUAUAUAUAUUAUAUAUGUAAAAAUAUAUCACAUUUAGAUAUGUAAGAUAUUAUCCACUUUAUGCAAAACAACACAUCUGUAAUUUGGUUAUUAGGAUAUUUUAAUUAGAAAAUCAUGAAGUUUUGUAAUUUCCAUGAGCUACAGGAAAAAGUAAUGUAUAUAAUUUAAUUGUUAAGUAAAAUUGAUAACACAAGCAAGCAAAGUAAGAUAAAAUACAGAAACAUAGCUUAUUUAUUUCAGUUUUCAUUUGCGCUAAUGGUUGUGGAUGUAGACGUUUAAAAACAAGGUAAUUGCAGUAACAGAAAUGUGUCACAAAACACGAAAACCAAUUUUCAGUUUACAUUUCGAUUCAAUGUUGCAUCAGCGACUGAACUGACAGUAAAUUGACAUUCCACAUGUAGUUCCAUUAUCUAUGAAAGCCAUUUAACGUGAAAAAAAGAUCUUUGAAUGUAUUUCGAUCGAAAAAAAAACCGUUGCUAAUGUUAUUUGCUAUAUAUAAAUUGUAUUUUUUGGCAGUCAGACAUUGUAUAUUGCCUUACAAGUUUAUUAAAUACAUAAACGCUAUAAUAAACAUAAAAUAAAUGCAUUAAUUAAAAAGAUAUAAAA